CAGUUUCGGGAUUUUAUAGCAAGUGGACGUGAAUUCGUUUUGCGCUCUUACCCAUGCGGUGGUUUCGUCGUGUCUAAAGUUUUCGUGACAAUGAAUUUCUAACACUUUGGAACUUUGUUCAAGUUCUUGAAAAUUUCAUACCCAAACUUCAACGAAGGCGCUUGUUUCCGUUCGAUCGUAGAAGCAAUUUUCAAACCAAAUUAUAGAUAAGUCCUUCAAUUAUAAGUUAAGGAGGUGGUGUCAAAUCAAAGCUGCCCGGCGUGUUCGUACUUCCCAAAAAGUAAAUAGAUUCGCGCGCGAAUUCAUGAAACUUUAAAGAAAGGAUCGUUCUGAUAAUUCUAGUUCUCAAUAAUUUUCUGGUGACUUAAACUGGACUUACAAGUUCAGCAACAAGCCUCUCGGGUUUCACAUGAAGUGGGUUAUUUUGCCGGGUAACCGGCUUCCCUGUUUCAUCAACUUUUUGAACACUGCAAAGACCCCUCCAGAAUUUAAACUUUCACAAUACUGAGGGUAUUCAAAUUCACGUUUUGCAACACCCUCUGCAAGUUUUCUACUUCAAAACAAGUUGCGGUUUUCUAAGGUAUCUGUUCUUUCCUACAUUUCUACUCUUGGAGGUGACGAAAUAAAAGUGGAAUCUUUUUGAUCUGUGUUGACCUACGGACCUGGAAAGUAAACAAACAACUUUCGUGAAGUGAUUCAAGUGGUGGUGAAUUGGAAUGAGUAUUGUCCUUAGUGGAGUGUAGGUGACACACCAGAGUGAUAUAGUGUCGCUAUAGGUGCUGGUGACGCACGUGAUGUGGUAAUUUAUGACGGUAAUUAGUGACUGUAGCAAUAAAAUCAUCAUCGAUAAAGGUUCUUCAGUGGUCUAGCUUCGAAGAGCCAAAAAGGUGGGGCUAAAACGUACUUCCAAGUGGUGCUGAAUAUGAGCGGAAAACCAAGGAACAGCUCCCUCAUCGUUGUGCAAAAUCAUAGCACCAACAUUUAACUUCUGGAAGACUACUAUAUGGACGCUUACCCAGGACAAAAAGUAACACAAACCAAAACUGGGUAAACGGUGCCCUUACUCACCAUCAGGUGGUAUCCACACCUACGUCGCUCGACCAGAAGGAAAUUCCGUUUCCAAUACUAGGACGCCAUCGUAAAAUGAAUCGUUAAACCAGUAUUCAGUGUUGGAACGUUUGUAAAGUGAGCCAUGAACACAGGAGUACCACGAAUUUCGAAGAGGACCCGACCGGACCACGUGAUACAUUGAAUGCAGCAGAAUGGGAACGAACUUCUCCAAAACCGACCCUUGUCUACUAUCGGAUGACGAUGUUAACUUUGACCACUUUCAAAUAUUGCGUGCCAUCGGAAAGGGCAGUUUCGGCAAGGUAUGCAUAGUGCAGAAGCGAGACACGGGGAGGUUGUUCGCUAUGAAGUAUGUAAGCAAAGGAGUGUGCGAGAGUCGAGGAGGUUUAAGUGGCGUUUUGAAAGAAGUCGAACUUCUUGCAUCCUUAGAACAUCCUUUUCUAGUCAACUUGUGGUUUUCUUUUCAAGAUGAAGAGGACUUAUUUAUGGUUUGCGACCUCCUGACGGGUGGGGAUCUUCGAUAUCAUCUUCAGCAGCGAGUAGAAUUUAGUGAAGAAAGUGUUGCCUUACUAGUCUGUGAAUUAGGCUCAGCCUUGGACUAUUUACAAUCACAACGAGUCGUUCACAGAGAUAUCAAACCAGAUAAUAUUCUACUGGAUGAUGACGGACAUGCACAUCUCACCGAUUUCAAUAUUGCAACGAGAUUGCAACGUGAUGGUCUGGCGUCCAGUAUGUCUGGCACAAAACCGUAUAUGGCGCCCGAAGUUUUUGCCUGUGCUUUAGAGGAAAUUGCUGGCUACAGCUACCCCGUGGAUUGGUGGUCGUUGGGAAUCGUAGCGUAUGAAAUGCGGGCGGGCGGACGCCCAUUUAUUGUUCACUCGUGUACACCGUUAACCGAAGUGAAGAAUAUUCUCAAUACAGCUGUUCAUUAUCCACGUUACUGGAGUAGUAAUUUUGUUGAUCUUCUUAGUAGGCUAUUAAACGUUCAUCCUGGUGCUCGGAUAAGUUCCCAACGCGAACUACAGCAAACGCCUCUACUACGUAAUCAAGAUUUCAAAAAAAUACUCCAGAAAACCAUUAGGCCACCAUUUAAGCCACCCGAAGACCAUCUCAAUUGUGAUCCCUGUUUAGAAUUAGAAGAGAUGAUAGUGGAGACGAAACCAUUACACAAAAAGAAAAAACGCUUAGCCAAGCAACGUUCAGCACGACGUGAUAGCGAUCCGGAUAGCGGUAGCAAUAUCAUCAAGGAAUUUAUAAUUUACAAUAGAUAUAAGGAGCUUAAGCGUAAGGCAAUGGAAUUGAAAGAGAUCGAAUGGCAACGUGAACUUGACAGUGCAAUGGCCAAUUCGGAAGUCAAUAAUCUAGUUCCCAUUAAGGAGAUAGAAAAGCGAACGUCUACAUCCGCAGCGUCGGCAGGAAAGCCAGGAUGCUCAUCAAAAGACGUGCACGACAGUAUUGAGUACAUUGAUCGAACGCCAUCGCCUAGGGCAUCGAGGAAUACAAUUCAUGAGGAUGAGGAGAGAUGAAGUCGAAGCCAUUAUCCUGGAUUAUAGUUAGAAGUUAGUUAGUAGCUCUUCAAUGUAUAUUAUUCCUCGUAAAACUCCUUUCCUUCUAUCCUUGCCACGGACAAUGCACAGUCAGUUUUAUAUACCAUAGAACAUCUAAUUGGCCACAGCACGGAAUUCGUUCAGGAUUCUUGUAGGGUGGCACGGCAUUUACGUCAUUUUCCAUUUGUUAUUUUGACUCUGCAUUCAUGGACUCUUGUUUGAGUGGGGAAAGGCUUGCGUUUAUAUAAGCAAUAUUACUUAGCUACGACCUCCAUUAAAAUAACAUGCACAAGUUGUUAGACGGUAAUCCUUACCAAAACCCAAGCUAUGUGUUUACCUGACAUGCAAGCUGAAUACGGAGAAGGUCCUCUUACCCUCUAAAAUAUGGAAACCACCUAACCGAUUCCCGAAAAAGUCCUGCGAGUACAACGCUUUUGUUGAAUGUCCCAAGAAGGAAAACCGCCAAUCGUACGGCCACGUUGGUUAAAGAAGCUAGUGAAGCUUCGCCACCCUGUACAUAAAAUAGCUUAUCUCGUGCAAUUACCGGAUUCCUAACCCGAAAUACAUAUGUAGACCAUAAACCUUGCCAACAUACUUUUUAAGAAAUUUGUUUACAUCAGCACAACGCAUAGGAACGCCCGCCGCACAGCCAUGAAAACUAUAAUAUAUUCGACAACCACGCCAACAUCGUGAAUACGAUAAACUUAUCCCAUUCAACGUCUCCAGCCAGUACUCCACUCCAUCAUUAUCCUUACCGUAGCAUAUGUGGAUAACAUACUAAGUCCUACUACUGUCGUACUACAACAGUAACUUCCAGACUCUUCAUGAUUCUCUCGUUUAUACGCGACUUUCCCAAUAAUUUUCCCGGAAUUUUUAUCGAUUGCGAACUUGAUUAUAUAGUCAGUCGACUCCUCUAGUUAAUGGCUCCUUCCUGAUUUUAUUUGAUAGCAGGGAAAGAUGUUGAAUGGAGGCGUGUUGAACAGUAACAAGCGGAAAGACGAUACAGCGCUUUUAUUAUAUUUUCCUGCCUUUUUUCAUAGUUUGUUUUAUGGGCUUGGCUUUGAAUCUGAGUCUUAGAGCCCUGUAAUAUGAAAUUGGUAAUUACUCAGAAGAAUAGUUGCUUAGUCAGCGAAAAACUUUCCAUUCAAGAAGGACACAUUCGCUGAAUGUAGAAAAUUUUCCUUUUUAACUUGUCGCUAAUUAUGUGAAAGCAAGAAGCAUUGAAUUAAAAGAUAAAUUUCUUUAACUCAGAAACCUUCUAAAUGUUUUAAAAUUUCUUCUUAGACGGAUGAUGAUGGUCAGGCCAUAGUGGUUGUAAAGCGGUCAAGCGCUUCAGAGGAAGUGCUGAUGGACCUGGAUACUCUAUCGCUAUAUUCCAAUUGUGAAUUUAACUGCGCCCUUAUACUCGGCAACAGCCAAUUCCGAGUGGUCUUUUAGUGACCACCAGGCCAUUAUGAAAUCCACAUUUUUAGCUCUAUCACAAAUAGAACACGCAAAAUUUAUAAAGCUUAGAGGAAAAAUUAAAAAUGAUAUUUCCAGCAAACAUGUCCUGCAACCAAUUGGAUAAGGCUCAAACCAACUUCAUCAUUUAAAAAAUUUGAAAAUCAUGAACGACAAUAUUUGGCCCACUUCUUGAAUAAAAGUAAGUACCAAACAACUUGACUUACCAAUAGGGCUGUACCCCAAUGACAACAUUCAAAACCAAUUUCUACCUAUCCUUAUUGUGUUAGAAAGGAAAUUCCUUCAAUUCAUCGUGCAGGAGUAGGUUCAUUGGUUCCUAUAUUUUUUCUUCAAAUACCAUUGACGCGGAAAUAAGAAUGCGGUUCCAUCAAAUUCAAUAAAAGUCAUUUACUUCUAAAAGGAGCAGAGGUAAAGCAAUCUGAUUUGCUCGAUGACCUUUUGCCAUCUUCCAGAGAGCUUAAUCAAUGCCCUCGCCUGCCUUUAUUGGCGUAAAACUCCAAAAAGAGGCUGAUUUAGCAUCUUAUUUGAACUGAGCGUUCCUCCGUUCAAGUGGAAAUCUGAUAGCCCCACAAGGGCAGAAUUAUAAAUUCGAGUGUGCCUCCCACAUCCAGGUAAACCUACAUCAAAAUUAAUUGUUACAAACAGCUAAGUAGGGCAUGAUAUGUUGUUAAAUUACUUGAGAUUGAUUAUUAAAGUAUUUACAUCUAUUUCUAACCUAGAAAGUAUCCCAAAGACAUCCUUGGUUGCAUAAUGCUAAAAUGUUUAGACACACCAAAUUAUACUGUGUACUUCCAGGGGUAUGGGUCAUAUGCGGUGACCUCCAUCCCACAGCUAAAUGUCCAUUAGACAAGGAAGAUUCGUCUGCCAAAAAUGCGAUAACUACUAUAACAACCACAUUGAGAUGUCCUUUGUACGUUGAAGUGAGUCAAAGAUCCCCAUCAACCAAAAGACCCUCAACAGACGAUCUAACCCUAAACGCUGAUCCCCCAAAUGAUAUUAGCCAACAUAAAAUUAAAUGAUCAACAGCGCAAUCGACAUCAUCCUUAUAUUGGAAGCUCUCACCGACAAAUAUAAUUCUGAAGGAAGGUUAUGGAAUUCAGGUUGAGGAAUCCUCAUUAAAUAUCGUAUAAAGCAUUACGUCAUGGAAUAUUUUGCAAGUAGAAUGAGAUGAUCCUGUCGCAAUUUCUGCUGGAUACUGGCCUCUGAGAUUUACCAUCUAUACAAAACAGUUAGUAAGCUUUUCAACACACUUGGUAGAAAAUUUAUUGUAGCCGGGGACUUCAAUGCCAAACCCACGAAUUGAGGCUCGAGACUGAUCUCACCUAAAAUCAAAACCCUCCGGCCUGCCAUAUCGACGAACUGUUAAUUCGAUGUAUUAUCGAGCGGCCAUCCAACCUACCGCGGUGAAAUACCUGACCUUAUCGAUUUUGGCGAGAAAUAUGAAAAGAAACCAACUAUCUGUGCAACCUUGCUUUGAUCUAUGUUCCAAAAUUUGCCGGAUCUCAUAGCUUUUUCAAAUCUUCAAACAAUUUCUACUAGGUCUACCAAACUAAUGGCAAAGCAUGCUGAUUGGCUUAAGAACCGGAAAUGCAUCUAUUUGGAUUUAAGAGCAAAUGUGUCUUUAAAAUCAAGCCUCAAAGUCGACCAGACUGUAGUAUACAUUAUUUCACCGAAGUAUUAACAUCAACUACCCUGCAUAUAACACCGAAAACUCCGUGUACCAUUUCAAAUCAUCCGAAGUGUUCAAAAAUAAUAGACCAGCUUAUAAGAAAAUGAAUCUCGUAGCAGCUAAUAAGAAGCUAUAAGAAGCAAUGAAAAAGGAGAAACAUAAUGAUCUAAAGUUUUUCCUUGAACAUCUGACACCUUUUCCGACCACGAAUUAUUCUCUUUGGAAAGUGGUGGAAAAGCUAAACAGGCCAAUCCUGCGCGAAUCUCUAAUGCGAUUAUCGAACGGCAGCUGGGCGGGAGUGAUGCGGAGAAAGGUUCAACUUUUGCUCAACACUUGAGAGGCUUUUUACAACCAAACAUAGAACUAAUGGAGGAAGAAUUAGCACUUUCGAUUCCCAAAGAUGCACACCAAUUGAUUCGUUUCAAAGUUUCCGAAGUCCUAAAAUUCUCGCAAGACCACAUUGAUCCCAAAAGGGCUCCUGGUUCCGAUCUUAUUACGGGCAAAAUGAUCAAAAAACUGUAAAGAUCUUCAAUCAUACAACCGACACACAUAUUUAAUGGUAUCUUACGCUGCUUACUUUUCCAAAUGUGGGAAAUUGUUGGAAACAACGAUGAUUCCGCUGAAAGGUGUCACGUUCUAUAGACCGAUAAGCCUGCUUCCUUUACUAUCAAAGCUACCCGAGAAACUCUUACUAUCCAAGCUACAAGACACUUAGACAAAAAAUAAAUUAUUCCUUCACCAGUUCGGAUUCAGAAUAAAACAUGGAACUGUUGAACAAGUUCAUCGGUAAGCCUCCAAUAUAAGCUGUACUUUGAAAGGUAGAAAGUACUGCUCGGCCAUAUUCCUUCACAUUGCACAAGUAUGUGACCAGGUCUGGCAUGAAAUCCUCAUCUACAAAAUCAUGGGGAAAGCUUUACCUACGAAUACCCAUAAAAUGCUCGAGUCGUAUCUGAUUAACAGAAGAUUUGUUCUUACAAAAACAACACUUUCACCUCAAUAGAAACUAACAUCAAAGCGGGGGUUUCCCAAGUUAGUCUACUCGGCCCUCGGCAGAUUUGGACUUUUUUAACUUCGAUGACGAUAUGGCGAUACUCUGCAGGCAUUCUGAUCCUAGUGUUGCAUCUCGAGGCCUCGAGAAUCAUAUGAAAAAGGUUGAGCAAUGAUUAGUCCGCUGAAGAAUCAAAGUAUGGGAAACAAACUGUAGUCAUAUCACUUUCACAUUGAAGAAAUGAACAUUAAAAAAAGUCAGGUCAGCUGAAGUGAACAUAUGCACCUUGAAAAACUUGCUACACAUCGAAAUGGUUUAGUUUUAGUCCCACUCUCACCAGUGAGAUUUGAACCGCAACUUUCCGUACGACAGCCUAAUACUCCAACCACUGAACCAUCUGGAAGACUACAUCUAGACCGUUUAAUUAUCAUAGUUUAAUCUGGUGCCCGCUUGGCAUCGACCUUCUGAUUUGUCUGAAGAAAAGAUGGCCGCAUUCAACCUUUUAUGGAGCCUCAUGAACCUAAUUUAUGCUUAAAUUGCCGCUUUCGAAUUGUAAACAUCGGGAACAGGUUGAUUCUUUGCUUACUUACUUCUUGGAUUCUACUUGAUUCCCUCGAGUACACCCAGAAGGUCGUCUGUAUUCUUCACCAAAAAAAUUGGUAUUAGUCCUUUCUUUCCAUUUUUUUCUGGAAUUCGCUUAUGAAAGUUUGGCUUAGUAUGAUAGUUGCGAAGGGGUAUUUUCCAUUACCACUCCGGAAGUUAUCCAUAACUUUCUAUAUUCCCAAGUUAUUUAGCGGAAAGAGUGAAUUGCAGAAGGACCUUUUCCGAAAUAAAAAAAUGAACUAAUCUCAGAUAUCUGAAAGUGCUGACUUAAUAAAUGUGAAGUGUUCAUUAGAAAAAUAAUUAAAUUCAUCAGAAAAGCCUAAAACAAUAGUUCAAGUUGAAAGUAGCAUGCUAAUUAUAUUAGUAUUAUCGUGGGUCCAUUCUUUUGUGGAAAUCAAGCAUCCUUCGGUGGAUUAUCGGCAAACCUUAUUAAAAUCGGUUUACUGUCUGUCUGCCUUUGUGUCGGUCACACCUUUUAUCUCAGAAACGGUUGCUCUUAUUGACACGAAAUUUGCUAGAAAGGUGGGACCUAUGAAUCCCAUUGCACACAGUGAGUAACAUAGUUUUACGUUUGAACACCACUAAAUAUAGUAACGAUACCUGACGCAGACCUUGUUAUAAUACACAGAAUUUGCAGCACCCGACUUUGCCUAGGCAGUUAGAUACGCUGCCAUCUUUGGGGGUAAUGUAAGGACGUAUUGUGGCCGCCAGCGUCAACCACACGCAAAGUUAUCAUGCAUAACUUUGCUCUAUGAGCUGGUCUUGACACACCACCCUAGGGAAAGUUGUGUCACACUGGGACAAUCGUUUCCCCUAGCAGCGCUCACAUCUCAAUCUAGUGAGAAAAUAGUUGGGGUUGCACACCCAGAAUGUUUCUCUGAAACGUGGCUGUUGUGGAGGAAAAAGAAAGAAGAAAGAUUGUGGUACAACCUCCAUAUUGCUGUUGAGCCUUCACCUUAAUAGAGUUUUUUUCAUCAGGUAAAAUAUAUCGUAGUUAAACAAUAACAAAUCUGGACUAAAUUAUGGAUAUUCUAUCUGACACCAAUGAAUUGCUUCCAAUUUGGUUUGAGCCAGGUGCGCUGCAUGAGGAUGUGGAUUUUUGUGGAGGAGGAAUCAACUAAAAGAAUACCAGUUGACUCGAAAAACAUGGUGACAAAAUCUUUCCCUAAAGUCAAUCGCCUUUUACGGUUCAUUAAUAUCCUCCAGUUGUCACUCUUUGCUCAAUUGAAACUAUGCAACUCAGAAAGUCUCCUCAUUCGUCACCCAGACAAUUCAAAAUAUUCUGAUUGAUCUCCAAACGAAAACUGCCUGACCAAAGGAAAACAUUCAAACCUGAGAUCUUUGAAAAAUCAAGAAGCACAAUUUCUUGCUUAUCACUCCUGUGAAACUGACUCCAAACUGAAUUUUUGUGGAAAAACAGCCGAGGAAAAUCAGGGAUUUCCUACUAAGCUUAUUAACAAAUUUCUGUUGAAUUGAUCUUCCCCAUACUGCUUGUCUGUCCGUCUGCCUGUCAGUCAAUGAGUUCCCCUGAGAGAGAGACCCCUUACAUGCAA